AUGAGAGUUUUACAUUGGACUCUUAUAAUCGCUUCAGUGGUGCGCGCGCUUGAGCUAGUAGACUCGACACUAGCAUCAGCUUGUAUUUAUUAUGACGCGACCUAUGAUUGGGGAUGUGGUUCGCACGGAAAUGGUAUGAAGGCCUAUAUGUGUCGCUGCGCAAAUAUCAAUUGGCUGGGUACCGUCACUAAUUGUAUGAAGAGUAAUUCGAACGACACUGGUCUGGUAAACCAUGGGUUUCGUCACUUAGCGCGGAGAUGUAAGGAAAAAGGCGACUUCAAUUAUACGCUUGCCGACAUGCAGCAGUUCUACGAAAAUGGUACGAAGUACCUCAGGGCUCCCACGCCACGAGAUCUCAAUAACACAGUUUAUACAACACUGUUAGUGGACCAAGACACAUUCGAUUGGUACUAUCGAAAAUUUAAGGAUUUAACAUUUUCAGUAGAAAGAAGUCAGUGGUUCGGUUGGGGCCUGGUGUUUUACUGGGUCGCAGUCGUCACAAUUGCCACUAUCUACAACCUAAACCAAAAACUCUUCGGUUUCAAUAUUGGGGGAAACUUUAUCAAUAAGUAUCUUACAGUUCCAACAGUAUUUCAGCGUCUGAAUACAAAAGACAGUCUUCUCCGAAAGUGUUUUCCUGGCACUUGGCCUAAUUAUUUACAAGUUGGCGUUGUGACGGCGUUUAUACUACAAACAAUCAUCUGUGUGGGCGUCGGAUAUGAAAUGAAGACUCCGCAUCCUUAUCUGACAACAAGAUGGUUCAUGAAUUUGGAUCUUGUAAGUUAUAGAGUCGACUUAAUGUCAAUUUCACUGUUCCCCGUGAUUUAUCUCUUUGGUAUUCGUAAUAACCCGUUAAUUCCUAUCAGUGGUAUCUCCUUCAGCACGUUCAACUAUUACCAUAAGUGGUGUGCUUACGUUUGCAUCAUAUUGGCGUUCAUUCACUCAAUCAUAUGGACAGUGUAUUCUAUACAAGAGGGCGGAUACAAGACCUGGUGGGUAGAUUCUUACUGGCAAUACGGAAUUGGUGCAAUGGUGCUGAUCGCCCUUUUGGGUGUCCACAGCAUAAAGCUCUUCAGAGAUACAAUGUACGAGAUAUUUUUGUUCUUUCAUAAAAUUAUGAACAUCUUUUUCAUUGUAUGCAUGUAUUAUCACCUUAACAUAUUAGGUUGGCUUGGCUGGGUGUGGUCAAUGGUUGCAAUAAUGGUUUUCGACAGGGUCAUGAGAAUUGUUAGAAUUGUUUUAAGUGGUGGCUUACAGAGUGCAACUUUAGUAGAUUGUGGGAACGGAGUGAUCAAAAUGGAAAUCAAGAAACCUAAGUAUUUGCAACAUUCUCCGGGUUCAUACUCUUUCAUCUAUUUUAUUAGUUCUCAAGAUCCAUGGUAUUUUCCAUGGCAGUCACAUCCCUUCACAUUGCUAUCCGCUCCGAAAGAGUCUGGUAAUAACACACUUGUUGCGUACUUCAAAGCUCACAAAGGAAUCACAAGACAUCUUUUAUCGAAGAUCAUGAUGUCUCAAAAAGAUUCCAUCCGUGUUAAGAUUCUUUUAGAAGGUCCUUAUGGCAAUAUGAUUCCCCAAGUAAAACCUGUUAACAGAAAGUUUGUGGGCGUAGCUGCAGGUCUAGGUAUCACUGCAAUUCACUCUCAAAUCAUGCAUUUGCUACCGGUCCAAAAGAGCAACUUCACAAACAAGAUAUAUUGGGUUAUAAGAGACAUUUCUCAUGCAGAAUGGUUUUUAAACGAAUUGGAAUGGAUAAAGUCAAAAAAUUUCGAACUUACCAUUAUGUGCACCUCUUCGAAGGAAUUUGAAGAAGAUACAUGCUCGAGCUAUUCAGAGAAGAAAGGUUUGCAGUCAUUGGAUGUUCAACACAUGAGUGGCAGGCCCGAUCUGCAAAAGCUAAUCGCUGGGGAAGUUUCUAAAGCUAUGGAAGAAAACGUUGACGUCACAUUCAUUAGUUGUGGGCCCACUGUCUUCAAUGGAGACUUCCGCACUUGUUUGUCGCGAGAACUGAACGAAAAAGUGACUAUAUCUGUCGAACUUCAAGAAGAAAGUUUCACUUGGUAG